UGUAAUAUCAUUACCGAAGACUCGAUGGCUGAAUCUCCACCUAAGGAGCUCUUAAAAGCAGCGGAAGGUUUACAAAAUAUGGCCAUUGCUCAUGAGAUUGCUCUUAAUCAAAAUUUUAAAAUUGACAAGAUCGAACCAGAAGAUGACACGCUGUAUAAAAAAGUCAAGGACAUCUUGCACAAAGCAUAUUGGGAUAUUUUAUCCGAUGAAUUAUCGCAAAGUCCACCUGUAUAUACACAAGCUAUGCAAUUACUGGAGGAGAUAAAGCAGUCACUGGAUGAAUUGCUCUUUCCACACAAUGCGAGAACGAAAGAGAGUAUCAACGAAGUCCUCGAUAUUGCUUUAAUAAAGCAACAAGCCGAAAACGGAGUUCUAGAUUUCUCACAUUAUGCGCAAUAUGUUAUUUCAUUGAUGGCUAAAAUUUGUGCACCAGUGAGGGAUGAGAGGAUAGCGGAAUUGAAGAACUGCACCAAUGUUAUCGAGACUUUCAAAGGAGUGAUGGAGGUUCUCGAACUUAUGAAAUUGGAUUUAACAAAUUUCACGAUAAAUAUGUAUAGGCCAACCAUAGUUGCUUCUAGCAUAGAAUAUGAAAAACGUAAAUUUUCUGAAUUUUUAAAAGUACAAGAAGAUGGCCUUCGAAAGACGAGGUCAUGGUUAUCUAAGUAUUUAACAGGUGACGUAAUAAGAGCAAACUCUACGGAUGCUAAUGCCGUAAAACAAAUAACUGACUUUAUUUUAAUCGAGGCUUACCUAGAUCUAUUAGAAUUUGAUAUUACACCAAGUGCUGAGACUCUCAUGCUGGAUCAAGGCAGAAUAAUUGAUUUACGUAAUAAAACAUGUAGAUUAGUCAUUAACGGCUCUAUUUUAUCGAUAUUAAGUGCUGCGUAUCCUUUAAGGAACGUAAAUAUAAAUGAAAUUAAAGAACAUAUCACAGUCUUAUUGGAUUCCAUUAAUUCUAACAAGGAUCUUGAAAAAGCUUUGCCCAAUAUUGUUAUACAAGUAAAGGCUGAUAUAGAAAAAAUACAAGAUUCGGCAAAUGCUGUGUCGAGCGUAGAGCGCAAUAAUUGCUUAUCGAUGUUGGAAAAAUUAAUAUUGGAACUAUCGAGAGCCGAUCAUAGAAUACGUCAAAGUAUUUCUUCCAGAAUAAAAACAUUUUUUAAGAGUGCAAUUAUGUUGCAAUCUCCAGAUCCUCAGCAGAUACCUUCUGUGCUUUCUCUAUUGGGACGAGAAUUAAUGGACGUUGCAAAACAAUUUUUAAUAUUAAUCACUCGCAACAGGACUAUAUUUGAAGAAUAUUACCAAAAAAUUGUUACUCUAGUUAUAAGGGACGAGCAUUCGGACUGUGCACCAGUUCAUUAAUCAAGAAGAUGACAGUUCGCAUGGGUGUUAUGAAGUAACGUUGCUAAUGUUUAACAAUUUCGUAUUCUUUAUUGGUAAGGUAUGAUCCAAUAGUUAACUUUAGAUGAUAAUUGU